UGUUGUAGUAAUGAGGUCGCGCAGGCUCCGGGCUCACGUCCGUAUGACAUCUGUGUCGAUAAGUGCAUCAAAGCGUGAUCGAGUAUGACGCAACGCUUCCGGUUUCUAUUACCUCAUUGUUGGGUUCGGAAGCUCUGUGGCUCGCUGGCUCGCUCCCAUUCUUUCAGCCGCUGCAGUGAAAGGGUCCUCCGAUACACUUUUACCCUUCCGACAACAGCGGGUGCGCGCCACCGAUCGCUCUCUUAUAAAUUGGGUGAAAACACAGCGACAUCACAUUACGAAUUCGGCGGCUGUGCAGGCAAGCCGACCGAUACACACGGAGAUAUUUGUUUGUGUUGUGCUCCAAACAUUGUGAAGUGAUUUAGUUUCAUCUACGCGACGAGUUUUACAAAUAAGAAUCCAAAAUGAAAUUCACGAUCGUUUUCACCACAUUGUUGUGUAUAUCGACGUCAUGGGGCGUGCUAUCGAAGAAGGUGGAAGAUCCGAAAGAUAAGCGGGAGACGGCGGUGGGAUACGGAUCCUCGGGCAUCUCGGCACACAGCUACCAGGCGCCGUCUCUCGGCCAGGGAGACGCCAGCGCCAUCAGCGUCGGAGCCGGCUACAGCAUCGGCGGGGCCAAGCCCAGCUACAGCUUCGGUGGACAAGGUUCUAGCGGAGCCCUCCAGUAUUCCGCCGAAGGCUUGUCACAGUUAUCUCCUAACAGUCACGGCACCAUCCAACUGGCGCCUAUUACCUUACAACCAUCGCAUGGCGCUUUUGCAACAGGAGAUCUUUCUCAGUUCAUGAGCCAGCUUUCUCACAGUCUUGGCGCAGGUGGUCUUUCGCUGCAGCCUUCCACCGCUGUUGCAGAAUUCCAUCAAGGAGGUGAAGGUAUACAAGCUGCUCAGGCUGGCCAAGGUCAGGAGUACGCUUAUCCUCAGUUGUCAUAUGGCGCUCCUAAACAACAACACUUUGUUUUAUCCGAUGAGCUGCAACAGCAACUGUCAUCAUCCUCUGCUUACUCAUCUGGCGGCGCUGGCGGCAAAGGCUUAGGAAACUAUGCCACUGGUCCAGUACUAUUCACUCCUUCCGAGGCCCAUUCUAAUGCUCCCGCUGGCAAUUACGGUGCUCCUAGCUCUGGUCAAUUACUGGGUGAUGCUGGUUCUCUUUCCCUGGGAGGAGGUCAUUCCCUAGGUGGUACUGGUCAUUCUCUUGGCGGAUCUAGCCAUUCCUUUGGCGGAGCUGGUCAUUCGUUUGGCGGCGCUGGCCAUUCCUUCGGCAAUGCUGGACAUUCUCUAGGUGGGGCCGGUUUAUCCUUUGGCGGGGCUGGUCAUUCCUUGGCUGGACUUAACCUUGGUGGCCAUUCCUUCGGCGGCUCUUACAAGCAAUUAGGUAGUGGAUACGCUGGUCCUGGCAAAACUUCUUUCAAACCAUCAGCAUACCUUGGAUCAUCCGUUCAAGGAGAAUCUGGCCACGGCCUUUCUGGCCUAUCGGGAUCCUACGGUAGUCCAUCUUUUGGUAGCUACCGCGGUUCCAGUCACGGUGGGUUAUCUCUUAGCUCUGGCGGUCACGGUGCUAGUUUCGGUGGAUCGCAAGGAGGUUUCGGUAGUGGAUCAUCAAAGUACAUUGCCCCCGUUUACCACUCUGCUAAAGCUGAAGGUUUAGAGAGCGCUAGUGCCUUCUCUUCAGGUCACGCUGCUUCUCCUCCUGGCACUACCUACGGUUUCCCUACUUCUUCUUACUCAUCAAACAACGCUCAUGCUGCCUCAUCAAACAGGCCUUACUACAUUAGCAAGCAUCAUCACCACAGCUCUCCCAGUGGUUUCGGAGAGAGCAGUUCAUCCUUCAAGGCUCCAGCAUCCAGCCAUAGUUCCCUCACCUCUUAUUCUUCUGGCCCCAAGUACAGUUUCGGUAGCUCGAGCUCUCACUACGCACCAAAAGACGCUCACGGCUCGGCCAGUGAGACCACAUACAACACUAUUAAAUACAGCGAAGAAUUGAAACCACGUGGUCAUUAAAAUAUGUUAAUUUUGCAAUAAAAGCUUUGUGUAAAUAGUUGUUCACAGUAAAUUGUAGGGGUGUGUAGGCGUGAUAAGAGUGAUCGCAUAGUGUGUCCGGCGAAAGUAUUUUGGUAUUAUUAUUUAUUUGAGUACCUACGUUCCGCUAAUUAACUGCGCAGGCGGCCACUUUGUUACUCGCCGUGAGCGUCAGCGCGUACGUGUCGUGUUUUGGAUAUCUUGUCGGUGUGCUUUCUUUUCGGUAACACGUGUGUAAUCUGUAUAAUCAUGUAGAUUGAUAUCUUUCAUCGCAGUUCGCUUAGAAUUUUGUUUCGACAAAUUAACAAUAUUGAAUAAUAAUGUGCAUCUAAUCUUACACAACCUCCUAAACCACCGCUUAAUCUCUUGUGUGUUGCGACGUGAAUUCCUGUAAAUAUAGUAAAUAGUUAAGGUUGUCUAUUUAUUAUUUUAUAAUUUUAGUAUUAAGAUUGUUAUUGUUACAAUAAAAUUCUUAUAAAAA